UGUCUUUUUGAAGCUUUCAUUGUAAUUAUUUGAUGAGAGUUCUGUGUCUUAAGCCAGCCACUAUUUGGGCCAGGACAAUUCCAAGAAUUGAAUUUUGGGCCAAUUGUGUUUCAUGGGUCAAAUUCUUUUUGACCCAUGAAUUGGAUCCAACAAUCAUAGAGGCUCCUGUGGGUCAAGUCACAAUCCAACUCUUCCAUCCAUCAGAACCUCAUAUCAAAAUGUGUGGCAAAGAAUGAGAUAGCCCUCUCUGCGAAGAUUUACACUCUCAGCCCCCAAAAUCCCACAAACUCUGAAUAUCCCAGCUCCAGAGAACAAACAGAAACCAGAAAGAAAGCAGCAGAGUCGCCAUGGCCAACAUGAUCAUGGCCUCCUCCAAAGUACCCAUUUCUUCCCCUUCCCCGUCUCCCAUUUCGAAGCCCAGAAUCCCAAUCCAAAUCUCCAUCCCCAAAAUCCCAACCCUCCCAAAACUCUCAAAGUCCCAAAUUCUCUCCCUCUCGUCGUCCCUCUCCGUUAUCGCAGCCACCUCCCUCUCCUGGGCCCCACCCUCAUUGGCGGAGGAGAUAGAGAAGGCAGCCCUCUUCGACUUCGACCUCACCCUCCCCAUUCAAAUGGUGCAGUUCCUGCUCCUCAUGGUGGCCCUGGACAAGCUCUACUACAGCCCGCUCGGGAAAUUCAUGGACGAGAGAGACGCGGCGAUCAGAGAGAAGCUGGGCAGCGUGAAGGACACUUCGGAGGAGGUGAAGCAGCUUGAGCAGCAAGGCAUCGCCAUCAUGAGAGCUGCGAGGGCUGAGAUAUCGGCGGCGCUGACCAAGAUGAAGAAGGAGACGCAGGGGGAGGUGGAGCAGAAAUUGGCGGAGGGGAGGAAGAAGGUGGAGGCUGAGUUGCAGGAGGCUUUGACCAAGUUGGAGGAGCAGAAGGAGGAGACCAUUAAGUCCCUUGACUCUCAGAUUGCCAAUCUCAGUGACCAGAUUGUCAAGAAGGUCCUUCCUCUCUGAGCGAGUGACUUGUUCUGUUUCUCUCUCUUUUUUUAUUUUUCUUUUGAGGUAAUUUGGGAAUGGAAAUUGGAUGAUGUGUCUAUGAUUAUAAUGUAAUAUUUGUAAUGGUAAAUGAAUGAAUUACUGUGUUUUCUUA